AUGGAUGUCCAUAAUGCCUUUCUUCAUGGUGAUUUACAUGAAGAGAUUUAUAUGGAUCUACCUUCGGGAAUUCGCCGACAAGGGGAGAAUACUGUAUGUCGUCUGCGAAAGUCCCUCUAUGGUCUGAAACAAGCAUCUCGACAAUGGAACGCAAAAUUCACAAAAGCUCUUGUUGGCAUAGGAUUUAAUCAAUCCAAACAUGACUAUGCACUAUUCUCUUGGAAAAGAGGUAACUCAUUUAUCGCCCUUAUUAUCUAUGUGUAUGACAUCCUUAUCACAGGAAAUGAUGAUGUGGCAAUCAAGGCUCUAAAAGAGCGUUUACAUAGACAUUCCCGCAUAAAAGAUUUAGGGGAGCCAAAGUAUUUCUUGGGAAUUGAUAUUGCAAGAUUUGCAGCAGGGAUAUCUCUUAGUCAACGAAAAUACGUACUUGAGCUUGUAUCAGACUCAGGAUUAUCUACAUGCAAACCAAGUGCCAUACCCGUUGAACAAAAUACCAAGCUCUCCACUCAGCAAUAUGACAAUGCAACUUCAGUCUUAGACAAUGAUCCACCGCUAAAAGAUCCAUCAAGUUAUCAGAGACUUGUAGGACGAUUAAUCUAUCUUACCAUGACACGUCCAGACAUCAGCUAUGCUGUCCAUAUCCUUAGUCAAUUCAUGCAUGGACCAAAGCAAUCCCAUAUGGAUGCUGCAACAAAGGUACUCAAGUAUUUAAAAGGGUGCCUUGGACUAGGACUUCUUUUACCUAGGAAUGGAAAUCUGAAUAUGGCGGCAGAUUGUGACUCCGAUUGGGCUACAUGUCCAAUGACAAGAAAAUCUCUUACUUGUUUCUGUAUAAAGCUUGGUGGAUCUCUGAUCUCUUGGAAAACGAAAAAACAGUCAACAGUGUCCCUUUUCUCUGCAGAAGCAAAAUAUAGAGCUAUGGCAAAAGCCACGUGUGAAAUCAUUUGGAUUCUCGUGUUAUUAAAGGAUUUAGGAGCUGAAGUAAGAAAACCGGUCGUCUUGUACUGUGACAAUAAGGCUGCAAAUGACAUAGCAGCAAAUCCUGUUUUCCAUGAAAGGACAAAACACAUUGAAAUUGACUGCCACUUCGUCAGGGAUAAAAUUCAGGAAGGAGUAAUCAAGACCAUGCAUAUUCGCACCCCAGAACAACCAGCGGAUAUCUUUACAAAACCAUUAUGUAGUCGACAGCAUUCAUUUUUGCUUGGCAAGCUCGGUGUUUUCGACAUUUACAAACCACCAACUUGA